AGACCACGGGCUCCAAGGGUAAUAUUUUUUUAUUUAGGGAUUUACGAAAGAAAGGUUAUGAUUAUUGAAAGCCUCUUGAGUCAGAAAUGCCAAAAUGUGAGUAACCAAUAUAGGGACCAAAGCAGAAUGAGAAGAUGGGGAAGCGAAGCCAUUCAGCAAUUCAACAAAUAUUCCUUGAGAAUCUCUUAUUUAUUCAGCGCUCUUACGGACCUGGGGCAGGCUGGGGUGAGGAGUGGUUAGGAAUCCGAGGCUGGCACGUGGGAGGAUUUGCUUCCAGAUCUCUGGCGGAAUUUGGUUGCUGCUUGAAGGAGAAUGAGCCAGGUAGCCAGGUAGGAACUUUCUGGUUACUCCACUCUAAUGAUUCGCUAAGCUCUGAAAACCCGUGCAGAUUUUGUUAGUUUUCUGGGACCAGUUUACCACAAUUGUUUAGUUAAGGCUCAGAGUCAAGUAGCAGAACUGGCUACUGCUGCACAUUAGGGGGAAGCUCACUCUCUAUGCGUCUUGGCUUUCCCAUCUGUAAAAUGGAAAGAAUGGACUAGAUCUCACAGUUCUUUUCAAGUCUGACUUACGGUGACUGGGAAAGGAGUGGCUGAAAUUAACGAGAAAGUAAUCAGAAUCGCUGAUUAGGUAGUCGCCAAACGGAUGCUCUUUUACGUUUUGUUUCAGGUUGCAGAGGUGAGUACCGCGGGUCUGAGUGCCAAGCAGGGGUUUAUCACGGUGACGGGAAAACAGAGCAGUAGCCUCCACACGAGCACUAUUCACACAGUGAAACUCUUUUCACCGAAUGACAGAUAAUUUGGUAACUUCGGAUUUAAUUCUCUGUAGUUUGUUGGGUCCUCGUCUACCCAAGAUUACCGGUACUGUACGUCCUAGCACAACCACUGAGAAUGCUGCACCACCUGGAAUCCUAGAGCGGACCGGAAGUGAGCGCCGCUCACGGCCGGAACCUGUCGGUCCAACGGCUGGUGUGUUGUGGAGCUGCUGCCUCCGCCUCAGCCGGGGAGUAUUUCUCUCAGUUUACUAGUCCAGAUUCGAGAGGGUCUGAGCUCCUGAGAGGUGGACGUUGCGGCCGAGGGAGGGGUGCGUGUACGCAGCAACAAUCAGGCCUCCUCCUCAGGCAGCUCGUGGUGUGCGAGGAGCCCCUGUCCGUCCCCGCCCAGGCUGCUGGGAGCUCCGGUCUUAGGGGCGACUCUUCCUUUCUGGUUUCCUUGCCUGAGCUCGUAUGUAUACUCAGGCUUUAUUAAGGGCCAACGUGUCCUUGAUACCCUCAUUUUUCUGUCUUGCAAGUAUCCUGCAGCUCAGUUUGCGGCCCUGCAGUUUUAGUGAAUAGUUCUGUGCUCGCUAUUCCUGAUCUUGUCAGAGGAUGGCUUCACUUUCGGUGGAAUUGCUGGAGUAACUGCCCUGUGUUGUCCUGUAAACAAGUCCUUUUCAAGUGUACCUGUAGUUAUCCUUUGUUAAAAGUGUUUCCUUAUAUCAAAAACUUUCCUGACCUAGGAAGGAAAAAAAAAAAAGCUCAAAUAGAAUCACCCAUCUGCUUAAAUCCCAACUAAAGAGAUCUUUUCCCUGAGCUAUCUAAGCUCGGGAUGGAGGCAGCCUCUAGGGCGCUUCCAGCCUUGGCUGGUCAGGUUUCAGAAGAACAAGAAGAGAUUAUCAAAGUAAAGGUUAAAGAAGAAGACCAUUUUUGGGAUCAGGAAUCCUGCCUACGUAGGAAUUUGUCUCAUACCAGGGAAAUCUCUCGUCAGCGCUUCAGACAGUUUUGCUAUCAAGAGACACCUGGGCCCAGGGAGGCUCUGAGUCAACUGCGGGAACUUUGCUGUCAGUGGCUGAGUCCAGAGAUACAUACCAAGGAGCAGAUCCUGGAAUUGUUGGUGCUGGAACAGUUCCUGACUAUCUUGCCUGAGGAGCUCCAGGCUUGGGUGCGGGAACGUAAUCCUGAGAGUGGGGAGGAGGCAGUAACUGUGCUGGAAGAUUUGGAGAAGGAGCUUGAUGAACCUAGACUGCAGGUCCCACAAGACACAUAUGGGCAGGGAGUUCCUAUGGAAGAAAUGACCCCUCUAGAUUCUGCAAAGGAAUCCUUAGGCACCCAGCUCCAGUCUAUGGAAGACAGAAUGGAAUGUGAAUCUCCAGAGCCACACUCACUUCAAGAUAAUGGGUCAUUUUUGUGGCUUUCCAUGAUGUCUCAAAACAUGGGUGAUGAUAACCUCAGUAACUUAGAUACUAAUGAAACAGAAAUUGAACCAGAAGACAUGAGAGAAAAGUUCUUCAGAAGCUUAGCAGUAUUACUGGAAAACAAAAGUAAUAAUACUAAGAUAUUUUCUAAAGCAAAAUACUGCCAAUUGAUAAGGGAAGUGAAAGAGGCUAAAGCUAAGGCAAAAAAGGAAUCAGUUGACUACCGUCGCUUGGCUAGAUUUGAUGUGAUUCUUGUGCAAGGAAAUGAGAAGCUGAUUGAGGCUAUAAAUGGAGAAACAGAUAAAAUACGGUAUUACUUACACAGUGAGGACUUAUUUGACAUUCUGCAUGAUACACAUCUCAGCAUUGGACAUGGCGGACGUACCCGCAUGGAAAAAGAGUUACAGGCAAAAUAUAAGAACAUCACAAAAGAAGUUAUAAUGCUAUACCUGACACUCUGUAAACCAUGCCAACAGAAAAAUUCAAAACUCAAGAAAGUUCUAACAUCAAAACCAAUUAAGGAAGUUAAUUCAAGAUGCCAAGUAGAUCUUAUAGACAUGCAAUUGAAUCCUGAUGGGGAGUAUAAAUUUAUUAUGCAUUAUCAAGACCUUCAUACAAAAUUAAGUUUUUUGCGGUCAUUAAAAUCUAAAAGGCCUAAGGAAGUUGCACAUGCUCUUUUAGAUAUUUUUACAAUUAUUGGAGCCCCUAGUGUCCUACAAUCUGACAAUGGAAGGGAAUUUUCAAGUCAGAUUGUCAGUGAACUCAGUAAUAUUUGGCCAGAAUUGAAAAUUGUCCAUGGGAAGCCCCGAACCUGCCAAAGCCAAAGUUCUACAGAACAAACUAAUGAGGAUAUAAAAAAGAGGAUUUUUUCCUGGAUGCAAACUAAUAACUCUUCACACUGGGCUGAAUUUUUGUGGCUCAUUCAGAUGACCCAAAACCAGCCGUAUCACAGAGGCAUGCAGCAAACUCCAUGUGAAAGUACAUUUAGCUCUGAAGCUAAACUGGGUCUGUCCCACUCUGAAUUAACUGAGGAACUUGUUGCCAGCCUGCACUCAGAAAAUGAAUUAGAUCAAGUUGACAAAGAGUUAGAAAAUAGUCUCAGAACCCAGUAUGAAGAAAACAUUGAGACAGGAACAGAGAGUAGUGAUAUUGAAGAGAACCUUUCUAUUAUUCCUAAAGUGGCUGAAAAAAACUCUCCUGAGAGGAGAUUGAGAUUUUUAUCCUGUGUAGUUUGUGAAAAAGAAUGCACAGGUGCUAAUAGUUGUAUAUCAUGUGACGGAAAUGUCCAUGCAGUAUGUGGAGUGCCUUCUCAACAUGAGACUAAAGGCUGUGGUCACCAGAUAACUUGUAGUCUUUGUUACAAAACCAGCACAAUGAAAAGGAAACAUGAUGGGAUUCAAAGAAGUUUGCCUGUUCAACCUUCCAAAAUGAUAAAGCCAUCAGAGACACCCUUUUCACGAGACAAAAGGACGAAACAAACUUCACUGGACUUUUUUGUCAAGAAAAGACACACCUUUUCUGAAUACAGAAGUAGUAAUAGAAGAAAUGAUAAUAAUAGAAGACAUCUUGAAGAAGGGAAAACCAAAAGAGUUCAUGCUAGUUUUACUCGGAAAUAUGACCCUUCAUAUAUUGAGUUUGGUUUUGUAGCUGUAAUUGAUGGUGAAACACUGAAACCACAGUGUAUUAUCUGUGGAGAUGUACUGGCUAAUGAAGCAAUGAAACCAUCAAAACUUAAGCGACAUUUAUAUUCAAAACAUAAAGAAAUAAGUUCACAACCAAAAGAAUUCUUUGAAAGAAAGAGUAGUGAGUUAAAAAGUCAACCAAAACAGGUAUUCAAUGUUUCUCAUAUAAAUAUUAGUGCUUUGCGGGCUUCAUAUAAAGUAGCACUUCCAGUUGCUAAAUCUAAAACACCUUACACAAUUGCUGAGACACUAGUGAAAGAUUGCAUCAAAGAAGUUUGCUUGGAAAUGUUGGGUGAAUCUGCAGCAAAGAAGGUAGCUCAAGUACCACUUUCCAAUGACACCAUAGCUCGACGUAUUCAGGAACUAGCUAAUGAUAUGGAAGACCAACUCAUAGAACAAAUAAAGUUAGCAAGGUAUUUUUCAUUGCAACUUGAUGAAUGCCGAGAUAUUGCUAACAUGAUAAUUCUUUUAGUCUAUGUGAGGUUUGAACACGACGAUGAUAUAAAGGAAGAAUUCUUUUUUUCAGCCUCUUUGCCCACAAACACAACUAGCUCAGAACUAUAUGAAGCUGUGAAGAAUUAUAUUGUUAACAAAUGUGGUUUGGAAUUUAAGUUUUGUGUAGGAGUAUGUUCUGAUGGUGCAGCUUCAAUGACAGGAAAACAUUCUGAAGUGGUUACCCAGAUUAAGGAACUUGCACCAGAAUGUAAAACAACACACUGCUUCAUUCAUCGAGAAAGUCUUGCUAUGAAAAAAAUAUCAGUUGAACUAAAUAGUGUGCUUACUGACAUAGUAAAAAUUGUGAAUUAUGUAAAAUCUAAUGCAUUAAAUUCAAGAUUAUUCUCUUUGCUAUGUGAUAAUAUGGAAGCUGAUCAUAAGCAACUGUUAAUGCAUGCAGAGAUACGGUGGUUAUCACGGGGGAAAAUUCUGUCAAGGAUGUUUGAAAUACGAAAUGAACUCUUAGUGUUUCUGCGAGGCAAGAGACCUGCUUGGUCCCAACUUUUUAAAGAUGUAAAUUGGACAGCCAGACUUGCUUAUUUGUCUGAUAUCUUCAGUAUUUUUAAUGAUCUCAAUGCUUCUAUGCAAGGAAAGAAUGCAACAUGUUUUUCAAUGGCUGAUAAGAUUGAAGGACAAAAACAGAAGUUAGAAACUUGGAAAAAUAGAAUUUCUGCAGAUUGUUAUGACAUGUUCCAUAAUUUAACAACAAUUAUCAGUGAAGUAGGGAAUGAUCUUGAUAUUGCAUAUCUGAGAAAAGUUAUCAGUGAACAUCUUACAAAUUUGCUAGAAUGUUUUGAAUUUUAUUUUCCAUCAAAAGAAGAUCCACGCAUAGGAAAUUCAUGGAUCCAAAAUCCAUUUCUUUCAUCAAAAGGUAAUUUAAAUUUAACUGUAACUCUACAGGAUAAGUUGUUGAAGCUGGCUUCUGAUGAAGGAUUGAAAAUAAAUUUUGAAAAUACAGCAUCACUUCCUUCGUUUUGGAUAAAAGUUAAACAUGAAUAUCCUGAGCUUUCAGAGAUUGCUUUAAAAUCUCUUCUUCCAUUCCCCUCAACAUGCCUGUGUGAGACUGGGUUCUCUACGUUAAGUGUUAUUAAAACGAAACAUCGAAACAGUUUAAAUAUACAUUAUCCCCUGAGAGUAGCAUUAUCAUCAAUCCAACCUAGAUUAGACAAAUUGACAAGCAAGAAGCAAGCUCACUUAUCACACUAAAAAUUUUGAAUAUUGAUAUAUAAGUUCAUUCAAAGUAUACAUAUAGACAUUUAAUGUGACAAUUUAUUAUUUCACUUUAAACUUUCUGUUUAGUUACACUUAUGGAAGUAUGAAAAGUUAUGAGUAAAAUAGCAAUUUUCUAAAUUGCCUAUAUGUACACUUUCAAUGAAGAAUGUGUAUAGUUUUUAUAAUUCUUUUAUUUUUCUUGUUAUAUUUAUUAAAAUAUCUUAAAUCUGUUGAUUCUAAUAUUAAAAAAUUUGGCCUUGUAUUUUGUUUGUCUUUUUUUAAAUUUUUAUAUUUCAUUAGCAUGUUAAGAUUGUAGGACAACUUCAGGAGGGAGAACAAUUUCUCUGAAAUGCAGACUAGGUCAGCAAAUCUAGGAAGGGAAGGGAAUCACUAAGGUCAGUAAGAUAUUAAAUUUGUUAAGCUGAUCUAGGAUGGUUAGAUUGGAAGUUGAUGUUAAGUUUGUUUGGUAGAUGCAUGUUCAGACAGAGUGUGUAAGUGGGUGAAGUGGAGAGUGACACUUAUCUUGUCAUGGUGUUAGUGUUUUGGAUUCACAUUGAUAAAUCCUGAUGUCAUAAGGGUUGGGGAUUGGGCCAUAAUGACAAGUUUAUGAUAGAAGGUUUUUAGACCUUGCUAGAGCUGCUUGCCUUUAAGGUGCUCUGGAACAAAAUCAGGUAUUACUGGCAUCUCAAGCAGACUUAACAACCUUUAUUGUUGUUUGGAGGUGAUUCAGAAAAAUGCCACACAUACCUCUUCUUGUGUCUGUGUGCUCACUUAGAAUGACUGAAAACAAACUAUUAGCACAGGGCAGGUUCUUUAGGGUACAAACACACAGAAUCCUUGAGGAAAAGGACAGUCUUUUCCUACACAGGGUAGCAACAUUACAGCAAGUGCUUCUUUUCAAAGAAAUGUAACAUUCAAAGUUGAAGAAAGGAAAAAUAUUUAGUGACACAAAAUAGCACUAAUAAUUUAGCCUAUUGGUAAAAAAGUUCCAAAGAUCCCAAAAACCUUUUAAAGUAGAAGAAACAUUCAUAUUUAGUUCUGAAAUCUCAGUUAUGUUUUACUGUGUAUUUGUUUUAAUAAAAUCUUACACCUUUUUUUUUUUAAAAAAAAACUAGUAGUUGUAGAUAGAUUUAGUAGAAAGUAGUUUAAUUCUUCCCACCCAAAACUUAUGUGCCCUCUCUCCUAUCUGAACAUAUUGUGGAACUAAGGGAUUUAAAAAUGUUUAUUUUACCAUUUAUUUUAUUGAUUGAAUAAAGUAUUGUGUUUCCAAUUUUUUAAUUUUAAAA